CUUGGUUUAUCAUGUUAUCACGAUGUUGAGAUAAUAUUGACAUUUAAAUAGAAUGUCCUGCGAGGACUGAAGGGUGAUUGUGAAACCACCGCGCAGGCUUUCCACGCACCCUCCCGACGUUGGGCGGAAAACGUACCCACUGGGUAGCCAGUAGCGCACUGCCCGCUCCAACCGUCACACCCAUCGAUCCACGUAACGCGUCGCAGAAUUCGUGCAUCGUGUCAUCACUUUGUUAAACAUCAAUCAACAUUUUGUUAAACGCAGUGUAGAAUCAGUGUUGAUAUCACAAUGUCCUUCGACAACGAUGAGCUGCGCGACGAAUAUCCAGAUGGAUCGGUGCGACUGCGGAAUCCGAACAUCGAGCUCAUGGAUCAGGAUAUCCUGUACCACCUGGCGCUCGGCAGCGGUUCUCACGACCUCGUUGAAAUGUUUGGAGACGUCAAGUUCGUUUGCAUGGGUGGCACUCCUAAACGUAUGGAGCAAUUCGCAUACACCAUCAUGGCAGAGAUCGGGCACAAGCUUCCGUGCGGCACCACACUACAGGACAUCAGCCACUUCUCCUAUAGGUACUCUAUGUACAAAGUCGGUCCAGUGUUGAGCAUCAGUCAUGGCAUGGGUAUACCGUCAGUGGGCAUUCUAUUGCACGAGAUCAUAAAGCUGAUGUACCACGCGAAGGUGCGAGACCCCGUGUUCUUCAGGAUCGGCACGUGUGGUGGUAUCGGCUAUGAGGGUGGCACUGUCAUCAUCUCGGAAGAGGCCGUCGAUGGCGCACUCAGAAAUGUGUUCGAGUUGCUAGUGUUGGGCAAGAACAUUCAGCGGCCUGCCAAGCUAGACAAGAGGUUGGCACGUGAGCUGAAGGGCCUGGCUGACCCUGAGGACCCGUACGAUACGGUUACGGGCAAAACCAUGUGCACUUACGAUUUUUACGAGGGCCAGGGUCGGCUGGACGGCGCGUUCUGUGACUUCACGGAGGCGGACAAAAUGGAGUACCUGGAGAGCAUACACAAGGCGGGCGUCGUCAACAUCGAGAUGGAGUCCCUCGCCUUCGCGGCGCUGACGCACCACGCCGGCGUCAAGGCCGCCGUCAUCUGCGUCACGCUGCUAGACAGGCUCAAAGGAGAUCAGGUAUUGGCACCAAAAGAAGUUUUGGAUGAGUGGCAGCAACGUCCAACAAAGUUGGUUUGUCGCUAUAUAAAAAGAUAUCUUCAGAUGAAGGGCAGACUAUCGCUGGACGGUCACGGCUCCAUCGCGGUGAAGAGCCCGCGCCGGUUCAAGCUGGUGCAACAGGAGUCAGAGACCUACGACUAAAGAUCAACCAGCUCGUUCACUUUAAUGACCAACGUUCUCAUUAUCAUAAUGCUAUUUGUUUUGAUUAUAUACACGCCUAGAUAGAGUAACCCAAAUCUUUGCGUGGUUAGCACUCAGAAAAGGACUCGUUUUACGCGCCAUGUGUGCUAAUUAUGUCAGAUAGUUUGAAAGCAGUCAAAGUGUGCGUGUGUAGCGACGAGCUUAUCUACCAUAUGUAGUACGUAGUAGAUAUUUUGUGAGUCGCUUCUGUGCAGUUAAGUAUCUAGGCGUAUAUGUAAUAAAAGGCUAUUUGUAUGUAACGAAACAUUGAAUCACGGAAUUCAAACGAUGUUAGCUUUAUCUUAAACGUCUACAUAAACAAUUACACGUUACAAAAUAUUGUGAUU